UUCUGUCUGCGCUGCGCAGCGCAGCUACAACAACCCGUCCCGAGCGCGCCGAGCAGUUCGGCAAGCGCCGUCUUUCAGUCUUUUUUGUCUUUCUUUUCCUCUCUUCGCUACUGGGAUAUAGACUGAAACACGGCUUUAACGCAGAAAAACAUGAAGUUCAUGUGUGGCUGAUGUGCUACUGUCCUUCUGCGGGGGCUCUGCUGGAUCAACACCCGAUGCAUUGGUCCUGCCCUUUGGGCCAAGUGGACGGAGGAUGUACUGGUCAGUUGGCAUCUCAGACAGAGCCAUGGAGGAACAAAACGGGGAUGAAAAUGACCCUGGAUCGUUGGCAGAUGGCCCAUGUUUGGACAGCCAGUAUUCAGGCACUGCGGGGAUGGGAGGCAAGCAGUCCGUCCUCAGCCAGUCGCCCACCCUGGAAAACAUCCGGGCUGCUUACAGCGGUGGGGACAGUGAGAAGGCCCAGGAGCUGAUUAGGAUUUCCUGCGAGGACACCGGUGGCGGCCGGCCUGAGAGGCAUGAACUGCUGUGCGAGGCCGCCAGGCACGGGGACACAGAAAGCGUGCAGUACCUGGUGGGGGAGGUCAAGGUGCCCAUUCCCCGUGAGCCCAGUGAGGACAACCCUGCUAUCCUGGCUGCUCAUUUUGGACACUCAAAAGUGGUUAAAGUUCUGCUUGAUGCCUUGCCAGUGUCCUAUACCCAGAAGGACCUGCUGAACUGGAUGCUGGCCAUAGCGUGUGAGCAAGGCCACCUGGAAGUAGUGAUGCUGCUGGUGCACAGUUACCAGGCUGACACGGAGGGCUGUGCUAGACGUGCAAGCGAGUUUGCCAUCAUCACUGACCUGCCGCUGUAUGCAGCAGCUCGUGCAGGGAAUGAAGAUAUUGCUUACUUUCUGCUCCAGAAUGGGGCAGGGAUCACCUCCUACACUCUAAUGGACCACCCCGCCUUCAUCAAACAGCUGCUGCGAAAAGAUCUUGUGGAGCCAAGUGAGCCAGAGACAAAUGGCGGAGUUGCUGAUGCGCUUUCUGUACAUUGGAAUGGCCUCAAGCUGCCAUGGCUAGAGCUGGAUUGGUUCAUGGACUUGUCAUCCCGAAUCACCCACUUGGACCUGUCCAACAACAGCCUGUCUGCCCUGCCCUCUGUGGUGCCCUGGGGACUCAUCCAUCUACAUAGCCUGGAUCUAUCCAACAACCAGCUGAAGGAGCUUCCUGCCACCCAGUCCUCCCAAGAGAUCAUCUGUACCCGGUUGCGUGAAGUCAACCUUUCCCAGAAUGAGCUGGCCAGCCUUCCUUCUGGACUGCUACACCUGACUAGGAUCAAGAAGCUCAUUGCAGCCAAGAACCAGCUAACAUCUUUGUUUGAUGUUUCACGUGGAACUAACUGGAUUGGGCUUCGCAAGCUGGAAGAAUUGGAUGUGUCUGACAACGCUCUCUCCUCCCUUCCAUCUGCUGUCCUCCACUUCUUCAAGUCACUCAACAGUCUGAAUGUGUGCAGGAACAAGCUGAAAGAGUUUCCUGAGCCCUGGGCCUGCCCCUUGAAAUAUUGCAGAUCUUCCUCCAAUGUGAUUGAAAGCCUUCCGGACACAAUUUCUAUGUUUUGGAAGACUCUCAAGGAUGUUGACUUCUCAGAGAAUGCCCUCAAGGAGCUGCCCUCACACAUAUUUGAGCUUCAGGGCUUGAUCUCCCUGAAGGUCUGUGGAAACCAGCUCUCCUCCCUGCCCUCACCCAUUAAGUGGACAUGCUCUCAGCUGAAGACCCUGGACCUGUCCAGGAACCAGCUGGGGAAGAAUGAAGCAGUGACAAAAACCAGGAAGUUGGCCUUUUUUACAACGUGGCACAGGAGAGACCCAGACCCAGUGUCUUCCAUCGAAUUUCCCACCAUUCUGCGGGAUUCUCUGGAAGUUCUCUAUUUGAAUGACAACCAGCUGGAAUCUGUACCCCUAUCAGUGUGCAGUCUGAGGAACCUCUCAGAGCUAUAUCUUUCCAAUAAUCCUGGGAUUCGGGAGCUUCCAGCAGAGCUGGGGCUGCUCUCCAACCUCUGGCAGCUUGAUAUAGAUGGCCUAAACAUCAGCAAUGUCCCCUCUGAGGUCAGGAGUGAAGGUCCAGCAGCCGUGCUGGCUUACCUCCGGGCCCACCUGCGCAAGGCUGAGUGUUGCAAGCUGCUGAAGAUGAUCGUGGUGGGGCCACCACGGCAGGGCAAGAGCACCCUCCUGGAGGUGCUGCAGACAGGCCGAGUAGGCCAGUUCCUCACCACAGAGUGCAGUGUCAGGACAUCAUCCUGGGAGCUGGAACGGCCAAACGGGGUCAAAGGCAGUGUGGAUUCAGUAGAGUUCAACGUGUGGGACAUUGGUGGGCCAGCCAGUAUGUCUACAGUCAAUCAGUGUUUCUUCACGGACAAGGCCCUGUAUGUGGUCAUCUGGAACCUGGCACUGGGGGAGGAGGCUGUGGCUAACCUGCAGUCCUGGCUGUUAAACAUUGAGGCCUGUGCCCCCAACUCCGCCGUGAUCGUGGUAGGCACACACCUGGACCUCAUUGACACAAAAUUCCGAACCGAAAGAGUCGCCACCCUGCGUGCCUACAUCCUGGCACUGUGCCGCACACCCUCUGGUGCCAGGGCCAGUGGUUACCCUGACGUCACCUCGAAGCACCUGCAUGAGGUGUCCUGCAAGACCAUGGAGGGUCUGGAAGGGCUGAAGAGGCUCAUCUACCAAGUGUCCUGUUCUAUGAAAGACCUAAGCAGCUCCACUGGUGGGCCCAAGCUGGUUGGUAGGCUGAUCCCAAAGAGCUACCUCAUCCUCCAAGACUCGGUGAUUGCUGAGCGCCAGAGACGGGAUGCUGCUGAUGAAGUGCAGUACCUGACAGAUCUAGAGCUGGAACAGAUUGUGGAGCAGAGCCCAGACAGCGAUAUCAAAGAAUACGAGGACCUCCACACCGCCAUCAGCUUCCUGAUCGAGACCGGUGCCUUGCUGCACUUCCCUGAUACCAGCCAUGGCCUGUGCAAGCUGUACUUCCUGGAUGCCAAGUGGCUGUCUGAGUGUCUGGAACGGAUCAUCAGUAUCAAGAGUUCGCGCUCCGUGGCCCGGAACGGCGUUAUCAGGGCGGAGGACCUGCGCAUGUUGCUAGUGGGCACCGGCUUCACGGAGCACACCGAAGAGCAGUACUUCCAGUUCUUGGCAAAAUUUGAAAUCGCUCUGCCGGUGGCUAACAACAGUUACCUGCUGCCCCACCUCCUCCCUCCAAAACCUGCUUUGGAUAUACAUGGCUUCAGACAGCAAACAACUAACACCAUCCAGAGGCUCUUCAAGAUGAGCUUUGUCCCUGCUGGAUUCUGGGAGCGCUUUAUUGCCCGCAUGUUGAUUAGCUUGACAGAGAUGGACCUACAGACAUUUGAAACCAAGAAGAAUGCAAAGAGUCUGAGGAACCGGAACACGGUCAUCUACAGCUUCACAGGGAAACGGCAGAGAAGUCGCUGCAGCACUUUCCGUGUACGCCGUAGCCAAACAAUCUACUGGAAAGAGGGGCUGCUGGUCACCUUUGACGGGGGAUAUUUAAGUGUGGAGUCGUCCGACCUCAACUGGAAGAAAAAGAAAAGUGGAGGCAUUAAGAUCAUCUGUCAGUCGGAGACACGAGACUUCUCUGCCAUGGCCUUCAUCACCGAUCAUGUCAACUCCUUGAUUGAGCAGUGGUUUCCUGCUCUGACAGCCAGUGAGAAUGACGGCUCUUUGCUAAUAGAGCAAUAUGCUCCCUGCCCAAACUGCACCCCAACAGCAAGACAGGGUGAUGAGGAGCCCCCUUUCUUGUCUAGCUCAGACUCGGGGCACUACUUCAACAUGGAGGACUGUGUGCUGGCAGCAAUGGAGACGGACCACAUAGUUUGCCCUAACCAUCUCGAGAUGCCCGUGCCUCUUCAGGAGCUGGUGCCUGAGCUCUUCAUGACAGACUUUCCUGCACGCUUGUUCUUGGACACCGGAGAGCUGGAAUGCAGCGAGAAUGAGCGUGAUAUCUUAGGUCAGGGGGGCAGUGGUACCGUUAUCUACAGGGCCAAGUACAGGGGCCAUCCAGUGGCCGUCAAGCGCUUCAACUUCAAGAAGUGUCGGCAGCAAUCGCUGGCCUCCAGCACAGACACCAUGGUGAAGCAUCUGCAGUCGAUGGAUGCCAGCAGGAACUUCUCCGAGUUCCGCCAGGAGGCCAGCAUGCUUCACUCACUACAUCACCCCUGCAUCGUCUCUUUGAUUGGCAUCAGUAUCCACCCACUCUGCUUCGCCCUGCAGCUGGCACCUCUGGGCAGUCUCAACACUGUGCUGGAGGAGCGUGCAAAGGGAGUCCGGUACAUGCCAUUAGGACAUAUGCUAACAUUCAAGGCAGCCUACCAGAUUGCGGCCGGACUAGCGUACCUACACAGGAAAAACAUCAUCUUCUGUGAUCUCAAGUCGGACAACAUCCUGGUGUGGUCCCUGGAAGUAUGCGUUCCUGUGAACGUAAAGCUCUCCGACUAUGGCAUCUCCCGCCAGUCAUUCCACGAGGGGGCGCUGGGAGUAGAAGGCACACCAGGGUACCAGGCCCCUGAGAUUAAGCCUGGCAUUGUGUAUGAUGAGAAGGUGGACAUGUUCUCCUACGGCAUGGUCCUAUAUGAGCUGCUUUCAGGCCGUCGGCCCGUGCUGGGGCACCACCAGCUCCAGAUUGCGAAAAAGUUGUCCAAAGGUGUGCGGCCAGCAAUGGGCAACCCGGAGGAGGUGCAGUUCCACUGCCUGCAAAGUCUAAUGGUGGAGUGCUGGGACACAAAGCCUGAAAAGCGCCCCCUGGCCAUGCCACUCCUCAGGCAGAUGCAGGAUCCCAGCUUCCCCUGCUUCAAAUACCUGCUGCCCAGUGAGAGGCACAACCAGCUGUUCCUGUCCACACAGCAGGGCCACAGUGCUGUCUUUUGGGAUGGGGACAAGGACCACAGGAACUACUCAGUGGUGAAUUUAGACAAUGGUCAGAUGGAGGUGAAGAGAAUGGCCUGCCCUGGGAUGAGGCUGAGCUGCCAGAUGAAAAUUGAAAACACGCUCUGGACCGCUACAGAGGAUCAGAACAUCUACAUCUAUAGCCUGAAGGAAAUGUGUCCUUUGCGAACCCCUCAGCGACAGCUCUCGUGUCCUGCCAUCGUCACCUGCCUAUUCUUGGUGCCGGCCAAAAAAGAGACCCUGCCUUUGGUAUUUGUGGGCAUGGCAGACGGGCUGGUAGCCAUAUACAUGCUGUCUGAUGACAUGCCCCUUGACGGAGAGACCUACCUGUGUUCCCACACGGUCAACAAGUCUCGCUUCCAUCUAGAGGAUGCUGAUCCACGUCAGAAGCCCUACCCAGUACGGAGCAUGGCAUUAGUGCGAAGUGGCUUGGAGCUUUGGUACACCAAUGGGCCUGGCAUUCUUGUGGUGGACUGCCUUUCUCUGCAGGUUAUCCGCCGCCUGGACCCCUACCUACCUCCUUCAAGUGUGGUUUCUCUGGCCUCCAGCUCAAGCUGCUGGGGAGAGGAGACUGUAUGGUGUCUGGAUGACCACUCCAACACUCUGCUCAUGUACCAUGCACUUAGCUACCAGCUAUGUGCCAGCUACAACUGCGGGGACAGCAGCCCGCUCCGAGACACCUUUACAGUCUUCCGACCCUCAGGACUGGGUUCUACUCCUCCCCCUUCUCCACAGCAGGAGAAUCCCCAGAGCCCCCAGCAGGAGUGCAGUCCAGGGGACGUGCAGAUUAUUUACAGUGAGAAGGCGGGGACCCAGAUCGUCUGCCACCAGGACUCUCUAACUGACUACUGCUCCAUGAGCUCCUCAGUGUACUCCUCAGAGCAGCUGGGACCUCUGGAGCGCUCCAGCUCCUGUGCUUUCAGCUCACUGGCCAGCUCCACCAGCAUGCCCUUCUCCACAGACUGUGAGGAGGCAGACAAGCUGCAGGGUGAUGCCUUUGCUGGCUCCUCCCCCAAAAGCACAGGCCCAGCCUCCAAAAGCCAUACCCCACCACACCUGCAGGCCCUAUCUGUGCUGGCAGUGAAGGGCACAGUGUGGAUCCCCAGGCGUGGGGGUGACAUGAUGGUGAUUGAACUGCAACAGCAGGGCGGCCAACUGAGAGGAAGGGUCAUUGCAGUGCUGCAUCUCCCUGUUCUUAGCCAGCAUGGGACCUUAGUGGAGGCAGCCCUCGUUGCAAAGGACACCGUUGUGUGCGGCUUUUGCAACGAAAACAUGGAGUGGUGCCUGGCUGUCUGGAGGGGCUGGGGAGCCCGGGAGCUGGAGGUCUUCUACCAGUCCUACGAGGAGCUGGGACGGCUGGAGACCAGCAUGAGGAAAAGAAGGUAGCCCUUGUGCCCUCUCAGAAUCAGAGCUCUGUGGGCACUUGCACGCUGACAGGCCGCACUGUUCGCAUCUGGAGGGGGGAAUGGGGGGGUCUGCUCUAACAUGAGCCCUGCAUCGAGGGGGCCAGAAGGGAGGAGUCCUGUGAGGAGCACUGUAUGUACCCUUUACUUCCUCUUGUGCCACCCUCCCCCCACCAUCCCCUGGAUCCAUGUAUCUACCUCCCGUCAACUGACACCUAUUACCACCAAAGCCCUUGACAGCAGACAUCUGUUCUUCCCACAUGCUGCGAAGUUCUUCUCUGGGACACGAAACCAGUGUGAGAAGGACUGACCCCAUAGGCUGUAAAACCCACUAGGGACCAGCGCAGUGUAAAGACUGUAUCAAAUUGCAUGUCCAUUUGCAUCUAAACCAUCUCUGCACAGACCAACUCCAGAGAUGAGUUUUCAGGAGGUGAAAAUGACAAGAUUAAACUGACCUGUUGCUGGAAAUGCAGGACCAUUAAAGUGAAGCCAACAGUCUUAAGAUGAUGAUGAUGAUUUUUUUUUUUUUUUGGGUUAAACAGCACUUGAUAGAUUUUCACACUUCUGUGGACAAGGAUGAUGCAGACAGUCUGAAUCCAGGCCAGUAGAGUGCUACAGUAAAUACCUGCAGCAUUAUGGUGAAGACACUAGGACCCACAUUCAGUUAAAUUCACUGUGUUUGUGUGAUAAAGCAUGAAAUAUUGUGAAAUAUUAUUUAUAUGUUGAUCUUCUCAGUGAUGUCUGUGCACAUG